GUCGCGACUAGUGAACGUCAGCGUACUGACGUGGACGGCCGUAUCUGCGUUUGUUCGUGUCACGUUUGACAGUUGAAAAAAAAAACGUUUCGCGCGUCUUCUGUCAUUUUGAUUUGAAACUUUCGAGUGCGUUUGGAUAUCGGACUGAGUGUUGUUGUACGAGUAAUUAGGAAUUUAUUUGAAGGAAACUGUUACCGUGUUUGCAGUGUAAUAAUUAACUAUUGGCUUGAACUAGCCGCUGAGACGCUAUAAAGUGAUGAAUCAGCGAGCGCCGGCUAAUUAACAACGUCACUGCUACGAAAACAAAUCUAAAGCUCUAACUACUACAAUUUAGCUUCUCGGAUAUUUUGCGGCGGCAGUCCCCAGGACGGCGGCAAGCUGUUUUACCCCUACUUGAAGACGUCUUCCCUACAAAGGGACUUCCUAUUUGCCAGUGGCUCCGAUCGACAUGGAUAUAACGGGGACUUAGAAUCGAAAUAUAACAUGUACAAUUGUGCAUACCCGUCAAAAGAUACCUGGAUGCUUACAGCUCUGUUUACCCACUUCAAUCAAAACCACGAGUCGGGAUGCGAGGCUGAUAUGCUGGAGGGCGCGGAGGUGGGACGGCACUCGCCGCCCCGGCCGCAGCAAGAGCCCAUCAACCUCAAGAAUGAGGUAAAGUCACAUUCAACAUCGCCAGCGGAGUCAGAUCGGGAGAGCGGCGCGAGCUCGCCGGAGGGGGGCGCGUCGCGUGCGCAGUUAGCUGAGCCGCGCACGCCCUCGCCGCGCUCGCGCACCCCACACCAGCAGCCACAUCUGAAUGGCUCCAUGGCGUCGAUGUUCCAAAAUCUGCAAAACCUGGCGAACAUGCAACAGAACAUGCCACCGAUGUCGCAACAGCUACAACAACAGAUGUCGCAACAAAUGUCGCAACUUGCUGCGAACCUUCAAGGCUUAUCGUCUAUGCCCUCCAACCCUGUUAUCAAUUCGCCUUUGAAUUUGAGCGUUAGCGCACCUGGUAUGGGAUCACCAAAUCCCGUGGCGAACAACAAUAUGCUACCGCCUGCGAUGCCGUCCCCCAUGCCGCAGCUAAUUCUUGCCUCCGGUCAGCUGGUGCAGGGAAUCCAAGGAGCCCAGCUGCUCAUACCGACUUCACAGGGCAUAGCGACUCAGACGAUCCUAACAAUACCAGUCAACCACGUAAACUCGAACGACCAGAUGGUAAACCUGGCCCUAAACAAUGGCCAAGUAGUGUCCACGUCACUCGCCAACCUCCAAGCCAUGGCCCAACCUCACCAGCUGUUGAAUUCCAACCCCCAACAGACGCCCAACAUUCGGCCAAACAUGCUGAACCCAACAUUAUCGAACGCGCUGCUAAACCCUGGACUGCCAAACUUCUUGUCUAACGGCGCAGCCAAUGCCCAAGAAUUACUCCAGGCGUUGCAACAGCAGCAGCAGCAACAACAACAGCCUCAAGCGAACCAUAACCUUCUGCAAACGGUUCAGCAGAACAGUAUGCCACAGCAAAUGCCAGGCAGGCGAUCCUCGUCUCCUCGUCCGGACAGGCACUAUAAAGAGAGAGAAAACUUCGCUGACAGAUUCGGAGGUGGAUCCAGAGAAAGGAACGAGAGAGAAAACUCAGGAUCGGCAGCCAUGAACAGCAUCAACAGGCUGGCUGCGUCGAACGGGGAGAUAACGAUCACUACGUCACACAACGCGAACGCCGGACCGGCCAGCAGUGCUGGUAGUGCCGGAUCCGGCCCGAUUCCGUCACCGCAUGCACCUGUGAAGAUGUCUCCUGGAUCCGUGAAGUCUCCAUCACAUGAUGACAGUGAUUUGCUUGCUGAUUCGCCAAAUCAACCAACAAUCAGCCAGUCAUCGAGCAACGUAGUGGACGGUAUCAACUUGGAAGACAUCAAGGAAUUCGCUAAGGCCUUCAAACUUCGACGGCUUGGGCUAGGCCUCACUCAGACCCAAGUCGGACAGGCCUUGUCCGUCACCGAAGGGCCUGCCUACAGUCAAAGCGCGAUUUGCAGUGCCCUGGCUUCGCAGAUGCUAGCAGCUCAGCUGUCUUCACAACAACAAAACAUAUUUGAGAAAUUGGAUAUAACACCAAAAAGUGCGCAGAAAAUCAAACCGGUGCUCGAACGUUGGAUGAAGGAAGCCGAAGAGAGGUAUGCUUCUGGACAGAAUCAUCUGACGGACUUUAUAGGCAUGGAGCCAAGCAAGAAAAGAAAACGACGAACCUCAUUCACUCCUCAGGCUUUGGAACUACUUAACGCGCAUUUCGAAAGGAACACACAUCCUUCUGGCACUGAAAUCACUGGACUGGCACAUCAGCUCGGCUACGAACGCGAGGUCAUCAGAAUAUGGUUCUGCAACAAACGACAGGCUCUCAAGAACACCGUCAGAAUGAUGUCCAAAGGCAUGGUGUAAACACCAGCGUAAACCCCUGUACACAACUGCGAAUUUUGGACAUAGUCCACAAGUCCAUUAAAAAAGGUCCAUCGUAUUAGUUUGUAAUCCAGCAAUGGACACUGAAUUCUAUCCAAUCUUUUCCAUUUGUGUACAGGCACACAAAACGACGACAGUUACUUUAGUGAUGGGGUGCGACAAUGUUAUCGAUAUCGAUGGUUUCGCUUUAACAUCUGCACGUAGAUUCGUGAUCUCGUCUCGAUAUUCAAAUUAAUUUAUAAUUUGCAUCGAUAGUGUCUUAUUUAUGAAGGCGAAUGUUUCUUUUUGGUUUGUAUUGAUGAAAAGUCUGGCCUUACCGCAAUCUUUAUGCGAUUCCAGCCAAUAUGAAACAUGGAAAGUAGAUAAUAGUAUUAAGUGUAACGUAAAUGUAUUAUAAAACAAAUUUCGACUGAAAUAUUCGUCUCGAUGUAGUUUACAAUGAUAUGAAUGGAAUGUCGUAGCGAUUAAUGUAGGUGUUUACUAGUACAAAGUAAUGAAAUUGAAUUGUCGAAAUCACUUUACCAUUUCCAAUGUUUCCCAUUGUCAUUAUUUGUAUUUUAAAACUAAACGGAUUAUUCAAGAAGGAUAAACAAACAAUGUUAACGAAAUAGUAACUUUUACUCUUUUCUUAAGCAUCAGUGUAGCGAAACUCACGAAGAUGGCAACUUAUGUUUCAUACAUGAAGAAAUAGUGUAGCUUCCAGGUUUUCUUUUGUAAAAAGAUUGCAUUUUGUAAAUAAGUACAAUAUGUUUAAUUUUCGUCAUUGACAAUGUAAUGUAGCUGAUACAUUAAUUUAUUAAAAAUACUCUGAGUUGUUUCGUUCUAUUAGCGAAUGUUGCACUUUAGAUUUAAGACUAAUAUCGAUAUUAUGACAGUAGUUAAAAUGUGUCGUCAAUCUUAGUACAGCCUACUAAGAUUUUUUUAUUAAUCUGUAGUAGGUUUUUGUUGAUAGAUAGGUAUAAAACGAUAUGUAUAGAUUAAUUAAAUAUAAUUAUUAUCUAAUAUUGCCGUAAAUUGUAAAUAUUGUUUUCGUAAUAU